GGGUGGGGUCGGGGAGAGAAACUCGGUUCUCCCGCCUAUCCAAUUCUUGAAUCCGCUAACCCCAACUCCUUCUUCCCUCAUUUUUUCAUUUUUCAUUUUUCACACACAACACAACACUUUCGCAUGUUUUGUUGAUGUUUCCUCUCUCGCUCUCUGCAAACAAUAAUGGACACGCCAGAUAGGAGCAAGAUCAACACCCCUCUUUCCCAAUUUGAGGAUUCGCCUGUGUUUAAGUAUAUCAGUAAUCUAUCUCCUAUAGAGCCCGUUAAAUCUGUUCACGUUACUCAGACAUUCAACUCAUAUAGCUUUUCAUCCCCUCCAUCUGUUUUCACAUCACCCCAUGGCAACUGUCACAAGGAAUCCAGAUUCCUCAGGAGGCAUAACCUUUUGGAGACAUCCAAACCUAAGGUUUCGUCUGAAGAUGUAAAUAAUGUUUAUUCAUGUGAAGAGACUCCUGCAGAUUCAGCUCAAGCAUGUCAUGAAUCAAGUGAGCAACAGGAAAAUACUGCUCAAAAGAUUUCCGUUGCAGAUGCCUCAAUUGAGCCAUGUAAUGAAAAUAAAAACCCAAAUAUCUCAAUUGAGCUUCCACAAGUCUUAAAAUAUAAUUUGGGUAGCCCAGGGUAUGAACCUCUACUCUAUGGUGAUGAGGCUAAUUCUCUUUUGGAAUUGCCUGGCAAUGGCAAGCCAGCAUCAGAUGUUGCUUCUGUUCCAGAAGGCUCUGAAAAAGAUUCAAUUGAGGGUGAAAUGCAUCUUCCGGGAUUAUGUCAGAUUGAGGAGGCAAAAGUUGAAGGCCAAGAUUGUGGUGUGGAUAGUUUGAUUACUGAAGCCUCUGAUCUGUUAAUGUUUAGUCCCCCAGAAGCUUUUAAGGGUUUAAAUAAACAAUUAAAUCCUUCAAUUGAGCUUAGCAAUAUUAUGACUGUGAUACCACAAUUUGCCACCAAUGAUGGUCAACAAAUGCACAUUGGUAAUGCAGUUGCUUCUGGUUCAGAACAUGAAAUUGAAGAUCAUCCUUCUGAAUCAGCAGCUGCCACAGGCACAAGUCAGAGACAGGACAAUCUUGGCAAUCUUGCUUUGGUGACUAGCAAUCCAAGUGAAAAGAUGGAUAAUAAGCUUGUUUAUGUGACACACCGUGGUAUACGGAGACGCUGUCUAGAUUUUGAAAUGGCCAGUGUGCAAAGGAGGAACCCAGCUGAUAAUUCAAACACCAACUCAAGUACAGCAAAAUCUGAGGAGAGGAAUGUUAGUAAUGAAAAGCAACUGCUUCCCACAAAACACAGUGGGGAUUCACGGAGAUGUGUUUUGCCAGGAAUUGGUUUGCACUUGAAUGCACUUGCAAGCUUAAAGGAUUGCAAAAACAUAAAAAUUGACACAUUGUCAUCUGGAAGGCAACCUAAUCUGCUCAGCUCUCCUUCAUCUGUGCAACUCUCUCCAAGCCAAGAACAUCAACUAUCAUUGGUACCUGCAUCAGUGGAAAGAGAUUUGGAGCCAUUGGAGAAUGAGGUUCAGCCUGGUGAAGAUUGUACCCAGUCAUUGGUAUUGGUUCAGAUGGCUGGUGAAGAUUUCCAGCAGAAUAGUCCGAAAAAGAAAAGGCGCAAGUUGGAACCAGCUGGGGAAGGGGAGUCUUGCAAGCGUUGUAAUUGUAAGAAAUCAAAAUGUUUGAAGCUUUAUUGUGAGUGCUUUGCUGCUGGAGUCUACUGCAUAGAACCUUGUGCAUGCCGCGAUUGCUUCAAUAAACCUAUUCAUGUUGAGACUGUUCUUCAAACUCGCCAGCAGAUUGAGUCUCGUAAUCCACUUGCAUUUGCUCCUAAAGUCAUACGAAGUUCUGAUUCUGUAUCUGAAAUUGGGGAUGACCUUAACAAAACUCCAGCCUCAGCACGACACAAAAGAGGAUGUAAUUGCAAGAAAUCAAGCUGCCUAAAGAAAUAUUGUGAAUGCUAUCAGGGUGGUGUUGGUUGCUCCGUAAGCUGUAGAUGUGAAGGAUGCAAGAACACAUAUGGUAGAAAGGAUGGUUCUGUUCCUUCUGGAUUAGAAGCCGAACCUGAAGAAGAAACAGAAGCAUGCGAAAAGGGUGUGGUGGAAAAUGCUUCAUGGAAAACUGAAACUCAGAAUACCGAAGACCAUCCCGACCAAUCUCUUGCUACAACACCAUUACCGCUUUCCAGAUCAUUGCUUCCAUUAUCCUUUUCAUCAAAGGGUAAGCCACCAAGAUCUUUUGUUACUACCAUCUCCAGUUCUGGAUUGUUUGUGAGCCAAAAGCUUGGGAAAUCAAAUGCUCCGCGGUCUCAACAUCAACCCAAAUGUGUAAAGCCUUUGCAAACUGUUCCAGAUGAUGACUCUCCUGUCACCUGCAUCAAAACUUCUUCUCCCAACGGCAAGAGGAUCUCCUCUCCUAAUUGUGACGUGGGAUCAUCACCUACUACUCGCAGAGGUGGGAGGAAGUUGAUAUUACAAUCUAUCUCUUCAUUUCCUUCUCUCACCCCUCACCAUUAGAAUGAAGAUCUUCUUCUUCGGCUUAAGUUAGCCUACCCCCACCCCUCUUCCCUUGGUUCACGUUUUCAGUUUGUUGCAGUUGGAGCUGUAUGCUUAGGGUGAAUGUACAUGAUUGAGUUUCGUUUUACUUUCGUAAUAUGUUUGUUCCGUUCAUUUCAUAAUGUACAACUUCAGUUCAGUUGUAUAAUAUCUAUCUUAACUGAUGGUUAUCAUCACUCCUAAGAGUACUUGGAGAAUGAUUUGUUAUCAAGUCCCCAUUAGUCAUGUUGGACUAUUCCUUUUUAAUGUGUUACAUGAAGUAAAUGUGGUUGGUGCUGUGGAAUUUAAUGAUGCUACGUUGGCAGUGAAA